AUGGUCUCUUCAGACUCGGAGUUUGCCAUAUCAGAUGACAUAGAGCUGCACAGAAUUGUCAAAUCCCGCUCCAACAGUUCGCAGGAGUCCACGGAGCAGGAGAGCCGGCUCUCACAGCUCAGCAACGGUAGUCCUCUGAGCUCCCCAAACUCCAAGCUUAAAGCCUUCCUAAAGGGUCUGUGGCACGGCCCGGCACAUCCGGUGGAUGAUCCGCCCCAGAUCAGGAGCCCAUAUGCCCAGCAGUUCGAGAACUUCCCGCAUCGAAUAUCCAGCUCCUUUCCUACGAAAAUCAAGCUCCCCUUCAUCCUUCUAUACUACGCUUUCUGGCUUGUGAUACUCCAGCAGGCCCUCUCGUCCUAUCUUACCGAGCAGCCAACUUAUCAAGAUGAGUCUUCCGGCAAAUCAAUGGAUAUCAUUAGUAUCUCUUGUCGUGGAGAAUCGUCGAUAUGGAAGGGCAAGAAUCAGAGGUGCGGGCUUGCAGGAGCAAAGUGCGCUCCGUUCGACGACAGAGAGGUUGUUUUGCGGUGUCCGGCGCUGUGCGAUUCGGAAUCCAUCACAUACUCUUCAAUCCCGGUUGGAGACCAGAAUAUCAAGUACCGAAGUUUCACCGUCGGUGGAGGCAGGACCGAAACUCCCGAAAACGACACCCUCUCUUAUCCCUACCGGGCGGACUCGUUCCCCUGUGGAGCAGCCGUUCACGCUGGCCUGGUCUCGCCCUAUUUUGGCGGCUGUGCCAAAAUCAGGUUCGUCGGACCGCAGCCGAAGUUUCCUGCCAAAGACGGGUCCAUAGGUUUUGACAGUUUUUUCCCGGCAUCCUACCAGUUUGUCAAGACCCCGAAGUGCCACAACUGCUUCGACCCACGAGUGCUUGUCGCUUUUAUCAAUAUCCUGCUGGGUCUGCCGGUAAUUUAUAUGUCAGCCAACGGAAGCCUGGCCUUUUGGACCGUUUGCCUCAGCGGAUUCUGGACGAUAAUUCUCACGUUUGACCCGCCGCUUGUGGUGAAAGCCCAGGACCCAGAGUCUUUGGCCACACUCAUUUCGCUCGGUUUCGAGAGACUGCUGCCAUUGUGCUUCAUCCUCUACGUCGUCUGGAAAGCUGCCUGCCAAACAACCCUUAGUCACCCAUCCUCGCCCAUCUGCAAGACACUGAUCUGGUACCCGCUGUUCUGGGUCGGAAUGCUCAACAAUGUCACAUUCGACAGGCUCCCAGUAGACCGUCUCACCAUAACCGACAUCCUUACACAGCCAGGGUCGAUCUUUGCGACACUGGGCAUCGUUGUGACCAUCGCCGUCGGCGUGGUUGUCCAGGCGUACCACCUGUGGAAGGCCGGCAAGUUCCGCAUGUACUUCAAGCUGUACCUUGGCUUUAUCGGAGCUCUGGUGGUGCUGGGAAACCUUUCUGGUCUGAACCUCAGAAUCCAUCACUACAUUCUGGCUCUGCUCCUUAUUCCAGGAACCAACACCAAGGGAAUGACUGCGAUUUUGUUCCAGGGCGUCUUGCUCGGCCUGCUGGUGAAUGGAGUCUCGCGGUGGGGGCUUGCGUCGAUCGAGGAGACCGACAGAUCAUUGAGACGGUCGGAUCCAUCAGGAGAAAUCAAGCCUCCGGAGUUUCUGGGGUACGAGCGCUCGAACUCCAGUGUUUCCUGGCAUAUUCGCGAAACAGACAAUCCGAUAAUGAUCAAUGGCGAGUUUAUCGCGCCCCACGACAAACUAAGCCGGUACUCGCUCAUCAUCAACGACAUGGAGUGGUACAACGGUCCGAAUAGCUCUGUGAGCUUGGAGGCCCUUGCUGCCGAAAACAGCCGGUUUGCGGAGCUGCUUGGGUACGCUUCCGCCCAUUCGCAGGAGCAGAAACUGUACUUGAGAGUUGGCAGGGCUGGCGGUACCAGGAGAAGUGACUACACGAACGCUGCGGUUUUGAGAUAUCCGUCUGGAGAGUUUGUGCCUCCCAAACCAGGUCUCACUAAAUAG